GUGUAUAUUUCCAAGAAAAUGUCCAUAGUUGCAGAGGCACCAGGUUACAUCCAAGUUUUUUCUGAUGGCUCAGUGAAGCGAUUCGAGCCAGAAAUAGCUACUGCAUCAAUUGAACCUUCCAAUGGCUACAUGUCUAAGGAUGUCGUCAUUGAUUCUUCGAAACCUAUAUUAGGUAGAAUGUACCUUCCUGAAUCAAGUGUUCACCAGCACUUUCCUGUUCUUGUCUACUUCCAUGGUGGUGGAUUUUGUAUCGGCUCAACUACAUGGCUCGGUUACCAUGUUUUUCUUGGAGAUUUAAGUGUGUCUUCAAAAUCUAUCAUCCUUUCAGUAGACUAUCGUCUUGCACCGGAAAAUAGACUUCCUAUAGCUUAUGAAGAUUGCUAUUCUGCAUUGGAAUGGCUGAUCAAGAACAUAGAAUUUGAACCAUGGCUGAAAAGGGCUGAUCUUUCUCAGCUUUUUCUCUCCGGGGACAGUGCUGGAGGUAACAUAGUUCAUCAGGUUGCUAUCCAGGCGAUUACAAGUGAAGUUUUCCGUGGUAGACUAAAGGGGUUGCUGCCAAUUCAUCCCUAUUUUGGGAGUGAAAAGAGGACUGAAUUAGAGAUGGAUAAUGGAUCAGCAGGGGGCGUGGAAAUGAACGACAUGUUUUGGAGACUGAGCUUGCCUCAAGGAUCAAAUCGUGAUUAUUUUGGAUGUAAUUUUGAGAAUGCUCAACUAUCUGUGGCUGAAUGGUCUCAGUUUCCAGCAGUGAUUGUUUUUGUUGCUGGUUUGGACUUGUUGAAAGAAAGGGGAGUCACGUACGCUGAAUUCUUAAAGAAGAAGAAAGGUGUGAAAAGUCAUGUGAAGGUGGUUGAAGCUGAGGAACAGGUUCAUGUUUAUCAUGUAUUUCAUCCUGAAUCAGAGGCUACUCGUUUGCUUCAGAACCAAAUGAGUGAUUUCAUAAAUAGUUUUAGGAAAUGAGUCGAUUGACGACAAAUGAAUUUAGGACAAUCCUUUACUUUUGUGAGUUUCUACUUUGAGAAACUUCAUAGACUGGCUAUAGUCCACAAUAAAUUGUCUACCUAAACCUAUUUUUCUUCUA